AUGGCGGAUGUUGAAGUUGCCGAGGCGCCCGUUGCCACCAGGGACAUCAAUAAACCGGAGUUAUACGGACCUGGUCCAAGCGAGGGGGUCACCUAUCCACUCGUCGUUCAGUAUUGUGGUGCGUGCACUUUGCCAUUCGAAUACUGCGAAUAUGCUGGAAUGAAGGACACUUGUCGCGAAUGGGCUGAGAAGAACAUUCCUGAGUUAAUGCAAGAUUUGGAUAUUGCGGCGAAAGACGAUCAAGAAGAUGAGGACAAGAAACAUCAAAAGAGGGGCGGAAAGGGCAGCAAGCCGGGCGGGAGCCUCGUCGGGAAAAAGAGCGUCACUGUUAUCCGCGGACUUGGUGCUAACGGCAUCGAUCUGAAACAAGCAUCAAAACAAUUCGCCUCGAAAUUUGCUUGUGGAAGCUCUGUAACGGCCGCCGACGAAAUCGUUAUUCAAGGAGAUGUUAAGGAUAAUUUAAUCGACUUGAUACCCGAAAAAUGGCCGCAGAUUGAAGCUAAUUUAAUCCAAGAUCUUGGAGAGAAAAGACGA